GAUGUUCCAGAAUGAUCUAGAGGACAAAUGUUUAGUAUAAAAGAACCCACAGUACCGUCAGUUGACCACAAAAAGCCUGAAACGAUCAACAAGACUGAGAAGACCGACAAAUGCCACCAUGCUGGACGCCUACCGCAGCCGUGGCAGGACAGCCCUAUCCCUGGGCAUCGAAACGGCCGGAGGAGUCAUGACGCCCCUGAUCAAAAGGAACACCAUCAUCCCCACCAAACAGACUCAGACUUUCAGCACAGGCACCGACAACCAGCCGGGGGUCCUGAUCCAGGUCUUUGAAGGAGAGAGAGCCAUGACCAAGGACAACAACCCGCUGGGCGAGUUCGAGCUGUCGGGAAUCCCGCCCGCUCCGAGAGGGGUACCUCAAAUCGAGGUCACCUUCGACAUCGACGCAGACGGCAAUCUGAACGUGUCUGCUGUGGACAAAAGCACAGUAAAAAAACACAUUGUCAACAACAAGGGUCGCCUGAACAAGGAAGACAUUGAGAAGAUGGUGCAGGAAGCAGUCCAAUACAACGGAAAAGACAAGCAACAGAGGGAGCAUAUAGCGGCCAAGAACGCCCUGGAGUCCUACGCCUUCAACAUGAAGAACAGCCUGCGGGACAACCUGAAGGACAGAGUGAGUGAGGAGGACAGGAAGAAGGUGGAGGAGAAGUGUGAGCAGGCCAUCUACUGGCUGAAGAACGACCAGCUGGCGAGGAAAGAGGAGUGCAAACGCAAGCUGAAGGAGUUGGAGGAGCUAUGUAUUCCCCUCACCCCCAGGAUGAUAAAGUUUGCACUUUUGAAUCUUAACUCCCUCUCUGAUAAAAUCCCUAAAUUGAAUGAUUUGAUUUCUGAAAAUAAUAUUGGCUUUAUGUUUUUAACUGAAACCUGGCUUGACGACGAUUCUGCUCACAAUAAGCUGAGAAAGGCUUGUCCAUUUGGUUACACCUCUCAUCACGUCAAUAGAUCGGGUAAAACGGGUCAAACACAUGGUGGUGGUGUCGCUGUUAUUUAUUCUGAGAGAUAUUCAGAAUCUGAGCCAUGUCGAUAUGGGGAUUUUCUAUCGUUUGAAUACUUAGCAUUGAUGAUCAAAAAGCCUGAAGUCCUGCUUACUGUGACUGUCUAUCGGCCGCCCAAUCGGCCGCCCAAUCUUAAAAAAACCUUUUAUAAGGAGUUUGAACAUAUGUUGUCCAUCAUACGCGAACAUGAAAAAAUCAUUAUAGUUGGGGAUUUUAAUUUCGCUGAACCAACAAAAACUUUCCAGCAGCUUACUAAUAAACACGAUUUUCUUCAGCAUGUGAAUGGUCCCACUCACAAUAAAGGAAGUAAACUGGAUUUAGUAUUUACUAAGGGUAUUGAUGUAAUAAUUACAUCCAUUCACCCCUUCCCUCCUAGUGAUCAUCAUUGCAUCCAUUUUACCAAAAAUCACAAUUACUGGCAAUUUCCAAGAAUCGGA